CCGUCACACCUCAGCAACACGACCUAGACCGCGUGCGAUUCGCGACGCGACGCCGUUCUAUUCCUCGACAGCUGUUCGCUUCAAUGCCCGCUCGAGAUUCCAGCAUGGAGGUCAACUCACCAGACCCUGACGCGCAAACCAGGAGUACGCGACGUAAAUCUGGACGCGUUGUCAAGAAGCCAUCUCUAUACGCCGACUCGAGCCCGGUGGGCAGUGUCAAGCGGAAGCGGACAAUAAAUGUCGAAGACGACGAUGAGGAGGAUGUGUCAGACGAAGAUGAAGACGAAGACGAUCCUGAAGACGAGCCUGACGAAGAAGAGUUAAGGGAGAAACGACGACGCAAGAGCGCUACGAAGACACCCACGCUCAAGAAACCCGCCAAAAAGAAGUCCAAGACAAAUGGAAAAUCAAACGGUGAGACAAUAGACUUGGCCAUUCGUCCUGUAUCGGUACCGAAGCCAAAGGCAAAGGCAAAAAGACCACGUAAAGCCGUUGCUCAGGACGUAGGUGAAGCCGAUGGCAUCUACGCGGAUGUUUUUGGUGGCGACAAGUCAUUGCAGGAGGUGGCCGACGAAUGGGUUGCAAGGUUUACUGCUGGAGAGGAAGCAGCCUCGGUGGCAGAUCUCAUAAAUUUCGUAUUCAAAUGCGCCGGCUGCGAUUCAAGAGUCGACCACCACAAUAUAGAGGAUACUGAUGGGGCGCCAAGCACUUUGAUGAGCAUUCAAGAGGAGUUCCAAGCGCAAGGAGUUGUUGAAUACCCCUUAGUAUCACGGAGCAAAGGUACUUCGGCAUUCAAGAAGGCCUUCGAAGGCUUCUUCAUCGCUCUGAUCGAUGCCUUGCACCGUGCCGAACUGCUAUUUACGCGAAAUGAGCUUAACGACAGCAUCUUAACCUGGCUCGGUACCCUCUCGUCAGCUUCCUUCGGUCCCUUUCGUCACACUGCCACUGUCGCAUGUCUCGCUGUCACGACUGCGUACUGUGACAUCAGCAAGGAAGUGCUGGAUGAAGUGGCGCAAACACUGCGUCAGCGCGAGAACGAGAAGAAAAAGUCACGGCCUAAUAAAGAUAGAGUCAAGAUGUUGGAGCAAAACAUGCAACAAGCAACCGGCAAGCAAGAAAUUCUUGAUGGGUACAUAAAGGAAUGGUUCGAGGCCGUGUUUCUCCACCGCUAUCGUGAUGUUGAUCACAGAGUGCGAGUCGAUUGCGUACAAGCUAUCGGGGAAUGGAUCGUUACGUAUCCGGAUCAUUUCUUCGAUGGCACACAUCUGCGCUAUGUGGGGUGGCUGCUAUCAGACAACAAUUCUGUAGUGAGGCAGGAGGUCGUGAGGCAGCUGCAUAAACUGUUCAUUGACGAGAACAAGAUUGGUGGGCUGAGAACCUUUACCGAGCGCUUCCGACCCCGAAUGGUUGAGAUGGCAACUGGAGACAGUGAGCCUACCGUGCGAGCCUUGACUGUGGACUUACUUGAUGUGCUCAGAGAAGCUGGACUCCUUGAACCUGACGAUGUCGACGCUGUUGGUAAACUCAUUUUUGAUGCGGAGCCUAAGGUUCGAAAAGCUGUAGUGAAAUUCUUCGCUCAGAACAUCAAUGAUAUGUACGAGUCCAAGAUUGACGAUCUGGGCGGACAACAGGCUAUCGACGAGAGCCUAAAUCAAGAAGAUCUCGAGCUCGACUUUGACAGGCCACGUGUGGCAUGGCUGAAGCUGAAAUGUCUGGCCGAGGUCUUGAAUGCUUAUGAUGCAGAAGAGGACCUACCAUCUGCACCAGAAGAACAGUCAUUACGAGCUGGAUAUCUCAUUGUGGGAGCUGGGCUUGACUCAAGGUUCUCUCUCGCUGCACAAGCGUUGUUUGAGACAAUUGACGAAGUCAAAGACUGGCGAAUCCUAGCUGGUUAUCUUCUCUUUGAUCAUUCUGCGAAUGCUUCAAAUGGCACGUCUGAUACCGUCGAAUUGGCCUUACGUCGGGAAAGUAAAAUAGAGGAGAGAGAAGAGCAAAUACUUCUUGAGGUCCUGAACGCGGCCGUGAAGCUCGACUUUGCUCAAACAGACGAGUCGCAUCGAGCUCAGAGGUCCAAGUUAACCAAAGCUCAGAAGCAACAACAUCAAGAAAGACUCGAAGAGUCUACACGACAUCUGUCAAUCAUCAUUCCCCGUUUGCUGAGAAAGUUCGGCGCCGAUGCGACUACUGCUUCUGCUGUAUUACGUCUCGAGCCUGUCCUCAACUUGGAGAUCUUUCAAGACUUGCGACAAGAGACCAACGACUUCGCUGCACAUUUGGAUGAGAUUAACAAGCAGCUGCUGAUGCACGGAAGCGAAGCAGUAGCUGCCGAGGCAAGUGCUGCUCUCCUUCAUGCACGUAGGCACGAAGAGCUAGGUGAAAUUACAGAGAGUAAAGUCUCAGCCUCUUGGGAGGAAACUAUAAAGGCUCUACACCACCUUAAUAAGAACAACGAACUCUCUGUCCGGGGUUCGCUCAGUGUAGAUGAACUAACAGCUCUAUCCAACACUGUCCUCCGAUUAGACAGGCUCUCAACGAUAUCGAAUUGCGUUGAAUACCUCGACAGAAUACCAAAACCCGCGGGCUCCAACAAGCGGUCCAAAGCAACCUCUCAAACAGAGCAGAUUGAUGCGUGGGCUAUUCUCCUCAACAUAAUCAAUCGUGGAGUACCGUCAGACGCUAUAGCUGAAGGAGUUGACGAACAGGAAGACUCGCUAGUAAUGCAUGCCGCCAAUAUCUUCACAUUCUACUUCCUUUGGCAGAUCAACGCGUGGAAGGCUCAAUUGACCGCUGGGCGCAACAUGUCUCCCGCUAAUGUCACCUAUCUCACGGAAAAGCGUGAUGCUCUUGUGACGACAUUUGAAUACGUCAUGCAGAACAGGGCUGGUGGCGACGCUCUCCGUAUUCAUAUCGCUAGUGCGCUACUCGACAUAUUCACAGUGCUCACCACCCUGCGAACCGUCAAAGCCAAGACCGCGCUUAGCACAGAAGCGUCAAGUGCGCACCUGGAUUUCGUCAUUGCAGUGCCGCCGAAGACCCAGGAGAUCCUCCAACAUAUCCUUAUCGCUGCUGAGAAAUCUUUGGCCAAGAAGACGAAUCGGAAGCUUGAACUAGCAGACGAUGACGAUCCGAUCGACCCUGAUGAUGAACCGGACUCGUCGGAUGACGAAGAAGAUACGACAGAGGGCGAGGCUCGACGGCUAGGCAUACUUUCUGCUGAACACCAAUUGUGUGCCUUUGCCUCAAAACUUGUCCUUGGGCUUGUUGGAGGGAUUCUAGACGAGGAGCAGAAGGGCAAAGGGCCGAUCCGCAAAGCUCUAGAAAAGAACCGAAAUAAGCUCGGCAAGAACUACGCCGAAGUAAUUGCAUUCCUAGACUUUAAGCCAGCCGGUAAGAAGACUACAGCGACUGGGCGUGCACGGACAAAGACCCCCGCCCCUAGCAAAGGAAAGGGACCUGCGAAGAGCAAGGAGGUUGUGGUCGAGAGUGAGGCCGAGGACGAGGAAGAAGCACCGAGGGACGACCGCGAGGCUGACGAGGAGGCCCUCGCCCAAGAACAGGAGGAAGCUGAAGCCGAAGCCCGCGAGAGGGAAGGUCCUGAUGAAGAUAUGCAUGACGUUGCAGAUGCCGAGAGUGUGCUCGGCGAUUGAUCCAGGGGUUAUGUAUGGCUCCCACGUGGGCCAUGUUGUGGAUGUCUGCCUCUUCUUACCCUGAUCCUGUUGGGACAUUCCAACGUUCUGUUCGAUUAAUCACGCAUCUCAGUCGCCGCAACCCCAGCUUUUUCCCAAUUUACCCUUCUGGCCUGAGGAAGGUUUGGUGGCCGGCAAAUCAUGCAAUGGUUCGUCGCUAUACAUUCCCUCUUGUUCAUGGCGGUUGUUCCAUGCUUAGCGGUCAACGGAGGCAUGGGUGAUCCUGUUAAGAGUUGGAUUCCUUCUCCACCGGUACGUGGUACCCCAUGAUACCCUUGUAAGAUAGGUUUUACGUCGCGUCCAGUCCAGUAGCAUUGUACAGUACACAGUACGGCAAGCUAUCUUAUACCUGACGCAACCGCGCGGCGUUGUUAUUACGAGUCAAAAUACCAAUGAUGCCAAACCGUUGCGAUGAUCAAAAUAAUUUAUUAUCC